AUGGGCAUCAGGCCCCAUCAGCAGCUGGCUUUUUUUUUUAUUUGCGUUGCAGUAAGGGCUAGCAUUAGCAUUAACAACCUUCACCACCUGGAAAAUCUUCUGGAGAGAUGGCGCCACCCGCUUUCGGUGGCCAUCUUUGCACACGGCCAGGACGUCAAGUUCGCCACUGCACUGGUCUACGCGCUCAGCAUUCUGCGCCCCCCCAUGAAGGCCCUUGUGGACUUCCACCUCGUGUGCCCUUCAGGGGAAACGGUUAGGUUCCCCGAACAGGACCACCGGCAUUUUACUGGCCUGGAUGACUGCGCCGCUGCUUUCUCCCGGCUGGAAGCCCACAACAAAUAUAAGAAAUACGCCAUUGGCGCAAACGUCUCCUACCCGAAUAACCUCCUUCGGAACGUGGCGAGAGGGGGUGCUGAGUCCUCCUACAUCCUGGUAAUUAACAUCGACAUAAUGCCUGCCGCUGAUCUGCACCGGCAUUUCCCGGCAAUGGUCGCGAGGCGCCAGCCUGCAGAGGACCACGUGUUCGUCUUGGCCGUCUUCGAGAUCCGCCACACCAGGAAGAUACCCGCCACCAAGGCCGAGCUGAUGCAGCUCUACCAGGGGAGCAAGGUGCGACCUUUCUACGAGGAGCUGUGUCCUCUCUGCCAAGCCCCCACCAAUUACUCUCGGUGGGUCAAUAGCCACAUCCGAGACACCUCCGGUGGCCUGGAAGUGGCCUACACGCUCACUUGGGUGGAUUCCUGGGAGCCGUUUUACAUCGGCCCACGCAAUCUGCCCCUCUACGAUGAAAACUUCAAGCAGUACGGAUUCAAUCGCAUCAGCCAGGCCUGCGAGCUCCACGUGGCCGGGUACAAGUUCUCCGUGCUGAACUCGGCCUUCCUCGUCCACCGUGGCUUCAAGAUCCCGGGCGAGUUCCACGCCAGAAAGGAUGACGAGAACAAACACAACAGGCUCCUGUCUCUUAGCUUUAAAGAAGCACUGAAGACCAAAUAUCCAACUUCAAGUAGGCGAUGCUAAUACAGACAAACAAACAAACAAACAUUUUCUUCCUCUUCAUCUCUAGAAGAGGAGGUGACCGCAAGAGGGCAGCAGUCGCUCCUGACACCUGGACGAUGUAUGUGCUGUGACAUUUUUAGUGUUUUAAUCGAUUCGGGGUGCUCCAAUCAGGACUUUAUGAUGUCGAUUCUGAUACCGAUCAUCGAUGAGUGAGAUCUGCCGAUCACUGCUGUUUUUGUUCAUAUGGAUUAGCAGUACAUUUUUCAAUUCAUGUAUGGUGAGUGGUAUUGGCUAUACUCUAUAAUCCCAUACAUUUGUUUGGGGUUGCGUUGCAGGUGCUGCGGGACGCUACACGAGGGGGAAAAAAAUAAUCACAAUUAUUUUUGAUUGAUAUUGAAAACACAAUUAAUAAAACACAAUUACUCAUUUAUUUAAAAGCUUUGGAGUUAUUUUACAAACGAAACUAAACUUUAAAUGUAACUUAACCAUAAACAGAACCAUAAAAUACAUUUGUAAAAAAGUAAACUAUUAAUAUAUUAAAAUAAUAGAAUUGUAAAAAAGAAAAAACAAAUAAAUAGUCAUGGCUAAAAAUGUGCCAAAUUUAGCCAUGACUGUGUUGUCUAUUAUAUUUGUCUAAAAAAACAUUCUGGCAUUCAACAGAUAUAAAUAUUUGUUUCUAAUCUAGUUGACCUAAAACAGGAAAAGUCUAGUUUGAUUUCAUGUCACAGUCAGGGGGAAAAAAGUGUGUGUUUUUAUGCAGUCAAUGACUAUCUGAACGAUGAAGUUAUGGAGGCUAGGCUAGACUCAGGACAGAUGUGAGUAUUUGCGAGUAACUGUAUCGUUCCAUGCCUAGAAAGAGUACCACAGAUUGCAUUAUUUGCCUUGGUGUUGAUGGAAAAGUACAGAGAAGGUCAGAAAGAGUACCCAGAGAGGAACUGCAGUACUGCAUGCGGAAGUCUCGAGUGGCAGGGAAGUAUGUUAGGAUAAUACAGGACAUGGAUGAGCGCAGCAGAACAGUGGUGAAGUGUGCUGUAGGUGUGACAGAGGAAUUUAA